AUAAAAUCUAUCGAACGAAGACGCAACGGCACUGCGGGACGAGGAGGAUCAGGUGGAUUUUCUGUCGUCGUCGACACAACCGCGCACAGACGAAACAAAGUCGAUCAUCUCUCCUCUCGAUUGAGAGCGCCGAGAGAUCGAUCCUCGCGCGCGAGGACAGCAGCUGAUAAAAGGUUGGAGCUGCGAGCGAACGAGCUAUGGUAUACGGAGGAGGAUUCGACAUGGUGGAGACGAUGCCGCAAACGGUGCCCACAGCGGCCGGCUAUUCGCCGUCGUUCGACUACAGCACUUUUCAGUUCGAUCUGUCCCUUUUGCCGGAAGAUUACAGCCUAGCCGGCGACCAGCUCGGUCUCAAGACCGUGCAGAUCAAGCAGGAGGCGCGCUCGCCGCGUCCAGGAUCGCCCACGAUCUAUCAGAGCCCACCGUAUCAGAACGGCGAGCUGCCGUUGUCGCCCAACUAUUCGCACGAGGGAUCCUCGCCGGGAUACCCGACGAGCCCAUACUACGUACCCAGAAGCCCCCAGAGCGCCCAGUUUUAUCCCACCAGCCCGGAACCGUCGGCCAAGCAACCGGUCAAGAGGGAGAAGAGCCUCGAUCUUUUGGCCAUUCUUCAGGAGUCUAGACUCUUAGCCGAGAGUCUGGGCUACCGCGAGGACUCGACCGAUUGCACGGUGCCCUGCACCCCACCCCGUAGCGAGGAAGAUAUCUACAACAGCCUGGACGCGGAUUUUCUGCCGAAGAAGGAGGAUGGUAUGCAGGGGCAUCCGUUGCUCAAGGAGAUUCUCUUCAAGGAAGAGCCACGUUCUGUUUCCAGCAACAACGGCUCAUCUUCUUCCUCCUCCUCCACCUCGUCCUCGCCCAGCCCUUCGUGCGAGUUCGAAAGCAGUGGCUCGGCGUUGCGCGAACUCCUCUUCAAGGGCGUCGCUCGCAAAGAGAACCUAGUGGAGAUGCCUGACAAGCUGAGCCAGCUUAAGGUGGAACGAUCGGAGGAGGAGCUAGCGAAUCCAUUGCGAAAGGAAGAAGAGCUCUUCAAGGACGGUCAGAAGAGCGACCAUCAGCUGCUGCGGGAGGUGCUGAGGGAUACCAGCUUCCAGAGGAAGUACAAUCUGAGACCCGUUGAUCUCGGCGGCGUCGGCACCGGCUACGUCGAGGACAUGGAAGCCGGCGAGUGCGUGGGCGACCUCGCUCCGGCAUUCAUCCAGGUGAGUCGGCUACUUUUGUCAAACUUUAAUCGGAAUUUACGUACAACGAUUUUUCGUAUCGCGCUUAUAUCUUUAUGUAUAGAUCCAGAACCGAGACGUUGGAGUGCGGCGGAUGUGGCGGCCUGGAUACAAUGGGCCAGACGGCAAUUGCAGUUGCCAUUGGUGCCGCUGGAGAGUUUCAACGUGGAUGGUGCGACGCUGGCCACCCUCACCGAGGAGGAAUUUUGCCAGAGAGCUCCCCAGUGCGGGAGCAUGUUGCACGCGCAGUUGGAGAUUUGGAAGGCCGCUGUCGAGGAGUCACCGCGGAACACUCUGGCUGUUUCCUGGACUCCCGCGGGGGUGGUCCAGUCCCCGAGCAGUACCGUGACAUCACCGACUAUCGGAAAUACAACGACAACGACGGGCAGCCUCAAGGAAUCCCCCGGCUCCGUAGACUUCUCAGAUGACGAGGACGAGGAUUGCGCUUCCGGUCAGGGCGCGGGCGGAAGCGGCACGAGUGGCGGCGGCAAGAUGCGAAACGGUGGCAGCCACAUUCACUUGUGGCAGUUCCUGAAGGAACUGCUGCAGAGCCCGGGCGUCCACGGUUCCUGCAUACGUUGGCUGGAUCGCGGCAAGGGGGUCUUCAAGAUCGAGGACUCGGUGCGGGUGGCGCGGCUCUGGGGCAAGCGCAAGAACCGGCCCGCCAUGAACUACGACAAGCUCAGCCGCAGUAUCCGGCAGUACUACAAGAAGGGCAUCAUGAAGAAGACGGAGCGUAGCCAGAGACUGGUGUACCAGUUUUGCCAUCCCUACUGUCUGUGAGGAGUUUUCUUCCGGCUCUUCCUUCUCCUCCCUAAGAGCCCCCUUUGACGCCCCCCCCCUUCUUCGCGCGCGCGCAAACCUGCGAUUCUUCGGAGCGAAUGACUUCAGGACGAGCCCCGCACGAGGAGAUCGAAAGGUAAAAAACUUUGAGACGACGAUCUGCCGUGUUCGAUGUUAUCCCGCGACGAUAACGCCGUGGCCACGGCCGGGUCCGCUUAGUACGCCCGUUUUGGGCGACCACUUUCGCCUUACGUUUAUUCCUCUCCCUUCUUCUUCUUCUUCUCUUUUCUUUCUUUCUUUCUUUCUUUCUGUUUCUUGCGUUGUGUUUUCGAGUUUUUUUUCUCUUCUUUCAAUAAUGAUAUGUAUAUGCAUGCGAUUUCUCUUUUUCUCUCUCUCUUUCUCUCUACCGAAUCGCUCCUGCGCUUCGACGAAGUCUUCUCAUCGCGAAGCGACGAUGCGAGUGGGUAGAGAUUCGCCAGAGAAAAGGGUAGAAAUGACUCUUUUCUCUUUAUUCUCACGAUCGCUUGUCGGCACCAGUUGUCGGGUGUCCUCGAGCUGUCCGAGCAAUACGCACGAUAUAUAUAUAUAUAUAUAUAUAUAUAUAUAUUCGACGAGAUACUCUGAGCGUGCGGAACUAUUCGCUGCUGCUCGUGGUAUCUAUUCUCUCGACGGAAGCAACGAAACAGAAAUGGAACAUUCUAUUUUUUAUACCAAACAUUUUUUCCAAUCGCUAUAAUCACCGUCCUUCCGUGCUCACGUCGCGAAAGAGAUGUAAGUACAAAUAGAGGUCUAUCGAAAACGUGUCAAAACGUCGUUGAAAUGUGACUGUUAGCCGCCUGAUAACGUCGUUUUAAUCAACAUUUUUGCAAUUUUAUAAUCUCUGGCACGCGUAAAGUUCGGGAAAAUAUUUUUAUCUCUUGAGGAGGUGUUUAUUAAGUCGUCGAGAGCGUGCCUUAGAUAUGUGCCGUGGGCAUCGCGACGUAGGACGGAAAAUCUCGCUCGAUCAAGAGGCGCCCGUAGAUCAUCGAUCGAGAGCUUGCCGUUUGAGAGAAUAAUUAAUCGACGAUCGUGUUGCGCUCGAGGCGUCCUAGACGCAACGACUGGUGCUGGUGAUUUUGGUCCCAUAUAUCUAUGAUAUAUUAAAUGCUGUAUGUUCCAUGAACGAUUAGGCUUUAAGAUGACUUAGCUACGUAAGUGUAUUGGGGGCUCACGUGAGCCUCCCUUAGGUUACUCGAAGAGAUUUUUUAAUUUUUUUUCUUUCCUAUUUUUCUCUCUCGUUUGCGUGUCAUUACGACAUCGAAAUCGCGUCCAUCUCUUGUGCUUAUAGUUUGUACGAACCUUUCUCGCGCAUUGUAUUUUAUACAGCUUUCCUUGACGCUCAUUAUUCUCGUUUAGCGCAAGUUUGUCACUCUCGAGAUGAAAAAAUCUUAUUACAUGUUUCUCCAUUUCUAUCGCACAUAUUGUCUGAAUAAUAUCCGUUCGCGUAAUUCAUAUAAUUCAUAUUUGUUUUUCUGUUACUUUCCUUAAGAAAGCAUUAUCUUUGUAUAUUUGAACAAAUCCGAAAGAAAAUAUUUUAGCAAGCUCGUUAUUAUUAUUGCGAUUUCGAAUACGUUAUUUUAAUGGAUACAAGAUACAAUUAACACGAUUAAUUUCACGCAUUUUUCAACGUAGUUAAGUAUAGCAUUCAUACUAACGUGUUCACAUUCGCUCACCGAUCGGUUGUACAUAUGGAUGUUUGCGGCAUAAUCAUUUUAUUCGUUUUAUCUAUUUAUAUUAUUUUAUCCGAUAUAUUUAUAUAUUUUAAGAUAUAAAACAAUCUUACUAGAAAGUGCGCUCUUUAGCGCUUUGACAUGCCGUUGAUGUCAAUUCUGUGACUGAUAUCAAUUUCAUCUUGUCAGUUUUCUUGUGUAGAUCGUGAAUUUAAUAUCACGGGAAUUAUUACGCGGCCUUUCCUCGACCGUGCAAAGAUGCAAUUGAUGAACAGUGCAAUUACAUCUGUGCAUUCAUUACCGUCGGACUUGAAUCAUUCUGAGUCCACUAUGAUGUCAUUAUUCAGAAUUGUGACGAGUAGAAGAAAAAUAGGCUCCUUAAAAAGAAUGAAAUUUAAAUGAUUUAUACUUUUUUUAUAAAAUAUCGGUAUUGCCAAGUUUCAUCCCAUCAUUGCAGUUAAUUAUUGUUUAUUUUUUUGAUGCUCUUAAUGGCAAGGCUGCUAAUUUUUUUCGCGAUAAUGUCGCGAAUUGACAUUCAUCGCGUAACGAGCGAUGAUUCUUUACUGAUGGCGUUUGGACUGCUGAAAGAUUCGAGUCAACUGUUUCGAAUACAGAAACUGAUGCCAAAGAACAUAUGGCGAAUGUCAGGUAGUUCUAUCGAGGAAAUGGAUUUGCUCGCGUAAUUAGAUCGUAAAGCGCGCUUCCACGGCUGUUAGAUUUCUACGACACGUUAUUUUUUUUAUGCGGCCUAGUAUGGAACGCUCGUCAAAUUGGAAGUAGACCGAGGCGGGACCUCGAAACUCGACUGUAAUAAACUGUGUGUGAAAUUGAAAAAAAUAUUUUAAAUGUUAAUUGAUGUUUAUGAAUUACCUCAUAUUUCUUUCAAUUUUUCGAAAGUCGCGAGAAAAUGUAACAGUCUGACGUUAAUAUUUCGUUUACUUCGACGAGAAUCUUUAUACAAAUUCUUUCUAUUACUUUAUAUAAAACUAUUAACAUAAACAAUAUAAGAAAAAAUAUUUUAUUCUCUUAAUGAAACAACACGAAUCCUAAAGUCGCUAAAAAUUUACAUUUAUAUAUCGAGAGUCAUCAGUCCGUUUCGUACCAGGCUCUACCGCAUAUAUAUUUUAUAUUUUAUAAGUUUAACGGUAGUUGAUUCUUCAAUUCUGCGAUAAAACCCGAAGGCGGGGAAGAUUUAUCCCCCGAAGAUUAAUCCCGUUGUAGCUACAAUAAUAGAAACAGGAAUGAAAUUGAAGAGCGCGGUUACUUUUGCACAGUUAGGUAAAGAAGCGGAAAAUAAUAAAAUCGGGUGAAAUAACAACGCAAAUAAUACCGAAUAGAUCCCAAUUGCGCACAAUAUGGUAUCGCAAAGCGCGGCUCUUGUGUAUAUUUGUGUAAUCAACUAUUAUUUAUUAAAUUAAUAACUCUUAAGGUAAAGUCGUAUAAAAUAAGAAAAUUGAUAAGAAGAACCAAUUUUUUUUGGUUAAUAUAUAUGGAAACGAAAAUUGUCUGUCCAUUAUAAAGGGCAAUAAGGCGAAUAUUAUUUUUGUAAACAAUGUUUGUUAAAAGGCAUAUUUUUUUAUAUAAAAUUCAAAAGAUUUUUUAGUAAGAUCGUCAAAUAUUAAUAUUGAGACAUGAACGAUUCAAAAAGAAAAAAAUUUAUUGAAUUAAAUCAGAAAAUUGCAAUUAUAGCCAAGAAAGUUUUAUUUUUCAAUUAAUUACACAAGUAGAUUUUAUUUUAGCAGAAUCUUAGCUUGAAGUUUCAUUAUAUUACAAACAAGAUAAUAUUUUUGUUAGACAGAAAAAAUCAUUCUUCUCAUUAUUUACUUCCAUUACCAAAUAUCUUAUAGGAAGGGAUAAGUAUGUAUAAAAAGAACUGUUAUUAUUACUGAUAUUGGAAUUUAUUAGAAAUUACCAGUGCAAUUAAUUUAUCUUGCUUGAGAAAAAGAUCGGAAUGUGGCAAAUUGAGAGAAAAUUGUGCUUCCAUUAUCCUAGUGAUCUUCGGCAAUCAGAAUAUAAUUAUAGAUUGUUUGUUUAACUAGUAGAUGAUUAUCGAUGUGCGCGCAUUAAAAUGUACAUAUUCGCGGCUCUAACGAGUAAUAUUAUAUAUACAUAUAUAUACAUAUAUGUUUGUAUAAUAAUCGUAGGUUAAGCGUUACUGGUUUUAUAUGAGCAGAGAUUUAAUUAGCAUUAAGCGUUGAUUUCCUUAACUGCGAUCUUACUACAAAUAAAGACAUUGUUGUAUACAUAUGCAUAUAUUAUAUAUAUAUUUAUAUACUCAUGUUUUGACUGUUGUAAUGAGAUUAAGUUGAGUACGGCGUAUCGCAUGAGAUAAUAAUUGUAGAUCAAAGCUCUUCUCAAAACACGUCGGUGUAUUGAGAUCGUGAGGACAAUCUUCUCGAAAAUCUUCGCUGAAGAUAUAUAUAGAUUUAACACGUCGAUUAUAGAAUGCGUGGGCUGAGAUGAGCUUUGAUGAGAGCAAUAAUAUAAUAAUAAUGAUAAUGUUAAUAUUAAUAUAUACGCACACAUAUAUAAAUAUAUAUAUAUUUUCUUACGCCGAUAUUUUUCAUGCUGCCGACAUUCGGAGCGAGUUACUAACACGCGAAACAAACAGAAAUAAAAAGGAAUAAAAAUUUCGUACA